CCUGCAUUAUGACCUUCUAUAUCUAUUUACGAUUAGUUGGGGGCGGUUGCCUGCUUUCUCGAGCUUACUGAUUUGCAGUUAAAGCAGUGGCAUCGAUGCUCAACCCAAGUGGAAUCAAAAGCUUUUGAGCUGAUUCCGGAUUUUCACUUUGUUGCAAUUUGUUUCGGUAGAUAGAUGUGUGUCUACGAGCUGCCUAUCUCUUUCAGCUAGUCAUCUGCCAGGAUACCUAUCCUAACCAUGGAUGGCCUACCACAAUAUCAGAAAGUCCCUCUCCACGGCGUGAGUGCAGUAUCACUUGUGCCGCGGCCUUCGUCUCGCGAUCAACACAAGGCUCGAAAGACUACUGUCUUGGAGAAGGUCGGCACAUGGAACUCAAUAAUCAUUUUCAUUGGAAGCGUGAUUAUGUUUGGUGUAUUGUCUUUUUUGUGGUUUCUGUGGACUAGCAAUGAGCACAAUCCCUUUUGGAGAUGGUUGGUCCUCAAUGGCUUCCUGCAAAGAGCAGUGACAUUGUCAUCAGCUGUUCUCCGCACCAUUAUUACCUUUCAAGCAAGUCUAUGUACAUCGAUGAUUGCGGCAUCCUUGAUGGAGCUCUCAAAUGGUUUUAAUCUACUGCAUGCAGCUUCGAUAUCGAUAAAAAGGUACAAUGGUGGCCUUCCCGUACUUCUUCUACAAUCCGGCAUAUUCGAUCGUCGAACAUGGUACCUUCUUACCAUUACAAUACUCUUGUCUUCCACGACGAUUGCAUCGUACUUUCUUUCUACUGGUCUCGUUGCCGACCUUGGUAUAGCACCAAUAAUUGGGAACCCAGUUGCGGGUACUAACGCUUAUUCAACCAACUUCACCAAGGCUCUUGUUCUCAGAGACUACGAGCCGGACUUCAGCAUAUAUACCCCGUCCACCUAUCCAGCUUUCGCAGAAUAUUCAGAGCCUGCCAGCAAUAUUCAAGGAAUUGACGAUACUGGGCGUGUCAUGCGAGCCAUUCUUCCUAUCUCUUCUGCAACAACACGCGAAGCCCUCAGCAAUUAUACCGGCCAAGGUACUCUCCUCAACAGCCACGUGGUGUGCAUGAAACCGACACUGGAGAAUUUUACACUUGUCACUGGAGGCGGUGUUUCCCAGACUGACCCUCUAUAUGUCCGUGGAUACGUCUCAGUAGGCAGCACAAUACCUUCAGGACUAAAUUUUUACAAUUAUUCAUCUAGCGAUACCGCUUUUCCCGCUACGCCUACAUCAUUUAUCAGUUUCACAUGCAGCUUGGCAAAACUUAUGAACCACCACAUCAACGGCACGGAAUACCCAAUAUCAAUGUGUGUUGCAGGCAAUUAUUUUGGGAACGAGACGAUUGGAGGCGGCGGCGGCGAAGGAACGACACGAUCACCAACCUUAGGACUACAAGCUACUACUUUUCUCAAAGAUGACAUCCUGAUGGAUCCCCUUUCAUAUAUCCUGGUCAACUAUACAGGCGCUGCUCCUGCGUCUUAUGGAAGGAAGCUAUAUACAAAUUGGACUGAUGUUUCUUCGUCGGAUAGUUCUUGGACCACGUUGCAAAACGUCAAUAAUUUUACAUCGGAACUGGAAUCUAUCUCGCUCACUUACUGCUUCACAAACUUUGGCUCAAUCGAUACCAACAUCUCAGUCAGUAGCACAACAAACAGGACAGAACCUGAACUUCAAGGCCUUUCCUCUGGCACCAAUCUCAACGCUGAUGAAGUGCUACGGCAGCUGAAUGCGAGCGGGACGAAUUUAACGCUAGAAGAGCGUGGAGUUCUUGCUCUGAACUAUUCUAACUGGACCGGCCUUACCCUAGGCUCCCAAUAUGAUACUUCGAUCAACAGUUCCGUGACACAGAUACUAGGUGGCACUUAUGGUCUUGGAAUGGUAUAUCAGUCGAACUUCUUGAGUCCAGUACAGACAACCUGGGCACUAUGCACUUACUGCGCUAUUGGAAAAGAGAGUGUGGGGGAUACGAACACCACCGGUAUUAGUGGAGCCUUAUCAUCAAUCUUUCAAUCAUCGUUGCAGCAGAGUGGCAGUACUGCAAACGCUUUAAGUGCGGUCCUCACUGUUAUGAAUAUGGUUCAGUAUUAUACUCGUCUCCAACAAGCAGAUAUCGUGGGGAACUCAUCCACAACUCUAAUCGAGCAGCAGUUGCAGCCCGUUCAUCGAACCGGUCUAAUCACAGUAACGGCAGCUAUAGCAGUGCACCUGCUCAUUGUAACGGUUGUUUCAAGCAUAUUCUUAUCUUUCACGAAGUUUUCAUUUAUUGGAGAGAGUUGGCAUACAUUAGCUCAACUCCAGUCCAGAGACGUGAUGCCAGUAUUGCAAGCAACCAAUACAAUGCGAGAUGGUGAGGUAGAAAUUUGGCUGCAGGAGAGACAUGUUAGUGAGGAGAAGAUGACGCUGGUAGGAAGGGAUGAUGAAGGGGCACAUGUUAGGAGGAGGCGAGUUGGCGCACCGAUUAGUAUGAUAUGAGAUGACUUAUAAUCACUCAAUGACAGAUAAAAUGUUUCAUGUUUUCUUUUUUGGCAAAGGAAAAAUCCCUUCUGGCUAGACUUUACUCAUCAUUCAUUGCAAUGUACGAAGUAGCUAUGCUAUGCUGAUCUGGACAUACA